CGGAGCUAGUGCUAGCCGUGUUGAGUUAGCCAAGUUAGUAUCUUGAUUUUGGUCUGGCCUGACGUACCAAACGCGGCCACAGCGGACAACGCGUGUGCUUUAUAAAUGACUACAAUUACGGCGACAACUUAUUUCCUUUAUUUUCCAUAUAAUUUGCAAACAAGGAGUGUGAAAUAAUAAUUAAAUCAGUGUUUAAAUUACGCACGCAGUUGCGUAUGUAUAAGCCAAAAGCAAGCUUUGAUUAAUAUAAAAAAGUGUUGUAAAAAUUGAGAAGAACGAACGAAAGUGGAAAGCCAAAAUAGAAGGAAGGCGGACGAGAAUACAAAAGCACAACAAGUAAACGGCAGCAAGUGAGUCCGGAUAAACAUUCACAUUCACCAUUGCCGAGAUGGUCAAUCAUCAUUCAAAUGGUGGCGGCAGCGCCGGCAAUAGCAGCGGAGGCGCCCAUGGUGGUGCUGGCGGCGAUUAUUCCGGCGACGAUCGCAGCGGUGGCGAGGAACGAGAGCGAUUGGAUGGCAUGGAUUUGCAUGAUAAGCCCACAUAUCUGCUCGAGCACCUGGCCACAUUCACCGUGAACAAGGAGUCGGGCAUUGUGUAUCCAGCGGACGGCAUGCGUCGCCUGCUACAGUUGGAGAAGACAACGGGCAUUUGGUCGCAGAAGAUGCAGCUCUGCUUGGACUAUCAAUGGGUGCUCAUUAUGGAUUACGAGACGGGGAACAUAAUCGAGAGAUUUCCCGCCUCGCUGGUGCAGGAGCCAACAGCCUUCACAUCUAACGAUGCCAUGGAGCUUUACAAUAAUAUACUGGUCUUUAUUGUCUCGGGCGGUGGUGGUUCACGCUCCGAAAUGCACAUAUUUCAGUCACAAAGCGUUUCUGCUGUUCAUCUAGUGGAGGAUUUGAAGCAGUUGCGCAGCGGUAAAAUGAUCACACAACAGCGUGGUGCCACGCCCACACAGCAUACGAGUGGCGCCUCCGGCUCUGGUAUGGCUGGCAUGAUGAUGAGCAAAACAUCGUCCUCCUCAUCGCAUAGUCGCAUCGAGCACCAUCAUCAGCGUGAUCAACGGGAUCGGGAGCGCGGCAGGGAUCGGGAAAGGGAAAGGGAGAGGGAGCGGGAUCUGCAUGUGCAGCAUCAUAUGCAUCAGCGCAGCAGCGUGGAUCAGUAUGGCAUGCGAGGCUCUGGAGCUGGCGCUGUCACUGAUGUGGACAUUGGCCCGAAUGGCGAGACAGACUCGGAACAUGGCUGCGUCAAUGAUCGCGACGAGACAAGCUCCACGUCCAGCGAGAAAUACGAACGGGAUGUGGCCGUGCUGAAUCAUUGUUUCGAUGAUAUCGAGAAGUUCAUUGCACGACUGCAGCACGCGGCGGCUGCCUCCAGGGAGCUGGAGCGACGUCGUCGCAAUCGCAAGUCAAAGAAACGUGAUCCUGGCGAGGGCCUCCUCACGUUGCGCACCCGGCCGCCGCAUGAAAAGGAGUUCGUGGAUAUCUUUGCAAAGUUUAAGCUUUCGUUCAAUUUGCUGGCCAAGUUGAAGGCGCACAUCCAUGAUCCCAAUGCGCCGGAGCUGGUGCAUUUUCUAUUCACACCCCUGGCUCUCAUCGUGGAGGCAUCCAGCGACACCUACUACGAGUCGCAGCUGCCGUCGCGCGUGGUCAAUCCCUUGCUCACCCGCGAGGCCAUCAAUUUGCUAAUCAACUGCGUCACCAGCAAGGAGACCGAGCUGUGGCGUUCCCUGGGCGAUGCCUGGGUCAUACCACGCGACCAGUGGAAGGAAGAUGUUGGCUCCUAUCAUCCGGUCUUCCUCGAUGGCUGGUCACCCGAUUACUUAGUCAUUGACGAACUGGAGGCCACAUCGCCCACGCACGUCAGCAAGCGUCGGCUCGAUGUGCAGCCGGGUCCGGGCAGCCACCUGUCCGGCCUGAAUGGACGUGGCGCCGCCGGCGGCUACGAUGACUACGACACGAAUGGCAUUGGCAUCUCGCUCAGUGAGAAGUACACCAUACACCAUGGCAACGAUCGGGAUCGUGAACGAGAACGAGAUCGAUCCGGUGCAAUAAGUGCCUCAGAUUUCAAUGCACGCAGCGAGCUCUCCUUUGACUCCAUUGAGCGUGGCAGCGGCGGCGGCGGCGGUGGUGGCAUUCCCUCCAGUGGUGCUGGUCAUGGCCCCACUGCUGGACCCACACUCAGCGCUAUUACAGCGGGUCUACAGAAUUUACACACACGCGACUCCCGCAACGUGAGCAGCUCAGGCGGCAACUACGGAGCGAGCGGCGUUGGUGGCGGCGUCUCCGAGAUAUCCGCCGUCACAGCACGUGGCGUGGCCAAUGCAAAUGCUAGCGAGGAUCAGCUGCUGGAAGCCUGGCUAGAGGAUCUGCAGGCAUCGGGCGCUAAAAUUGUUCUGGUCACCUACCCACGCACUGCCAACAAUGACAAGGAGCUGAGCGUGAUGCGCGGUGAAUACUUGGAGAUUCUGGAUGACACCCGGAAGUGGUGGAAGGCGCGCAAUAUACGCGGCCAGGUGGCCCAUGUGCCGCACACGAUUGUCACGCCCUUCAAUUAUGGGGACGGGGACGGCGGCAAUGGUCAGUUCUAUGGCCAACAACAACAGGCGGCAGCGAAUAAGUCACGUCACAUGUCACCAUGCAAUGUGGAUAAUCCCAGCAUGGAUCAACGUUCGCCAGAUGCCACGGAUAUGAUACGUAGCAAGCACCUGGGAAAGAAGGGCGAAUUCCGUUACUUUUAAGAAAACUGCUUUCAUAAUGUAAUCCAAUAUGAACGAAUAGUUGAUCCUGACCUACGAACAGAAUUUGAAAGGAAUUAGCCCUACUUAAAAGCCUAGUUUGUAGCUCCGUUUCGAUGUGUAUAUGUGUGUUUUAUUAUCAAAAUGAAAACUCGAAACUAACCGUAAGACUAACUAUAAGUUGUACUUCAUCGAAGUUUAGCCAAACACACACACACACACACUCAGCAUCACAGUAGAGUGCCCAUACCAUAUGGUAUAUACAUAUUGUUUAUAAAGAGAGUGGGACUGGCGGUAAAAGCAAUCAAUUGUUUAAUAAAGCCUGGUCCUUGCAAUAACUAAAGGAACCUAAAUAAAUAAAAAGUUGAUU